CUCUCAAAUAAUGCUGAGCAAGAAAUGUGUCUGAGGAUUAUUGGAGAGCAUUUUAUUCAUGGUGAUAUCAAACAAUUGCUUAUGUUUAUUACUGGCAUUGGAGGCUCUGGCAAGAGUCAUGUUAUUCGAGCAACUGUGGAGAUGUUCAGACGUUGUGGGGCACCAGAGAAAUUGACGCUGAGUGCACCUACAGGAAGUGCGGCUGUUCUGAUCGAUGGAUACACCAUACAUGCAUUGACUUUCCUGCCUAAA